CUGUGUUGAAAAGGAGAUAAAACAAACAAUUUGCAAGCGUACUAAUUUGUUUAGGGUUUAAAAGAAAAUAUUUCUGGUAAAAUGGCCUCUGGCAAAGCAAAACUCAUGGGAGGACGCCCAAUAACGGCAGAGAUCGCAGUGGAAAUCCGAUCAGCUGUCUUUGGCACAUGCACAGCUCCUCCAAGAGGUGAUUGGACAAGAACUCCUUUGGCGUUUUUACCAGUUGACUCGGAUUAUCCCUUUGGCUUAACAUCGGUCAAGAAUGCUACGCGUGGAUUACUUUCUGUAGUACAAGCGUUUGUCAUUAAAUAUUUGCUGUUCGACAAACGAGCGAAAGAAAAAUCUGUUCCCUUAGAUGUUAUGCUGCGACCUAAUGAAGAUGAUCAACAAGUGGCAUUAUGGACGUCGAUUUCAAACAUUUUAUGGAACAUUGGUGAGAAACAACGUGCUGAAGUUGUUUUGCCAGGAGAUACUCCACACAUUCCACAUUCUCAUACAUAUUUUCAAGAUUCUGUAACGGAAAAGCUUUACAUGUUCGAAUUUACUAAAUUAGAGGAUUUACAAAUUUUCAUCAAACGUUAUUUGCAUUACUUCACUGAGGAUCCCGGACCGGGAACACUACUUCUUUUGUAUUGUGCUAUAUUUACUCGAGGAAUUGAUAAAAUGCUUGCAGAUUUGGAUGCCCCAAAAGGUGCAAAUCUCGUUGGUCCAUCGGAGGAAGGUGCACUAAACGUUGUUACAUUACUAAUUUCUGGCCGAGCAACACCUUAUUUACAUAACGGCGUUGUUUACGUAGGCGACGAGGAUCAUUACGCUAUGCCUCAAUACGGCAUUCUAGGUCGAGCUCAAGUUGGAUUGCUGAUUUAUGAAGGCGAAAAUGAACAUCUCAAAGGCAAUAGUCGUCAACCAGGCAGUCGUUUAAAGACUCCAGCAACUCCUGUAUGGGUAACUGCAUCUUGUGGUCAUUAUGGGGUCAUGUUCAAUUCAAACAGAGAACUUUUACGUAACUACCAUGCGGAAAAGCGUUUCGAGUUGCAUUAUUACACAUGUGCUGGAUCGUAUAUCUCGAUGACGGUAAACAACCAGCCACAAGAAGACAAGGGACAAGGUAAUGACGAUGAUGGCGGAGAAGCUGGCGAAGGGAAUGGCAAACAAAAUGAUUCGGCAGUGGCCUUUAUUGAGGCUCUCGUCCAUUGCAAAUGGAUGGAAGCAAAAGUUAUUUAUCAUGGCUCUCUUCCGGCAAAUCUCAACAACUAAAAAUCAAAUCGUAGUUACUAUUUAUCUAUUGAAAGUGUCAUAGAGGGGCAUUUUAGUAGCAUGCAAUGUUAUAAUUAUAGAAAUUUUAUCUCUGUUAUUUAUUCAAUAAAACUAAAUAGAAGAAUAGAGAUUCACGU